UCAAUCGUCAAGAGGGAAAUAUUAAAUUUGUCUCUGGUUGGUGAUCCUUCAAGCAGUCCGCUUCAGUCUGUGACAGUGAUGUCUCUCACGAACAUAGCAUGGAUAUGAUCAGUCCAGGGGAGAACAAAGUUCAUGGAGACAGCAGCAGUGUGGAUGGAUGCCAUGACAGUCAUUCUGAGGAAGGACAGAGUGGAUGGAAUGACAGAAGCUCUGGAGAUCAAGGAUAUGAAAACACUGACAGCAGUGUUCCGGGAGAAAACAAGGUCAACACUGGAUUUGAAUAUGGAGAUGAUGAGGAUGUUGAAGACACAAACAUCAACAAUGCUACCUGUGUGGACGAAACAGCUGUUUUCAUUAAACAUACCUAUACAGAAAAUUCCACAGUGAAAGCCUCAUUUUGGUGUCAACUGAAGGCCAUGCUUUGGCGUAACAUCCUUCUGAAGAAGAGGAAUAAGAAACAGUGUUUGCAGGUUUAAAUUUCUUUAAAAAAUUUCAUUUGAGUUUCAGACCUCUGAAAAUAGUGAUAACAGUCAUUUUAUUCACACAUCGCUCCCACAGGUCAAUUCAUUUGAAUGAUUUCUGGUAAUAUUGAAAUUCGGAGCUACAACUAUACAUAUAUGUAAUCCUACUGCAGCAUGGCAUCUAGC